AUUGAAUCAUCCUCGUCCUGGAGCUGGAAGCUGAAGAUCGGAGGAGCUGAUUGCACCGUGCUAAAUCUGGCUGCUACACUGAGAAAAAUCUAUUUUGAGUGGAACUAGCAGUUUCUGAACGGGAUUCCUCUGGGAUUUAACAUCCCAUACUCCAAAGACCUUGUGGCAGCCUUUCUAUCUGCCUCGACUCCUUUACCCAUUAGGGAGACCCAGACCAGCUUUAAGGUGAAAAAGAUCAGAGGGCCGUCUUUAUCCCACACUGAAGCUCUAGGGCUUUAGAUCCACCUCCAACCAUGACAACCAAAUCCAACAGCAUCAAUCUAGAUGGAAAGGCUUCCUCCUCUCCUCUUUUGUCCUCUCCACCCCGCCAACGCCUGGUCACCAAAGACGGACACUGUGCCCUUCGCCCACCUCUGUGCUCUUCAGGCUCUUGGCGCGGGGCCUUGGGCAGAGCCUGGUUGCUCGCCCUACAGGACCUCUGGGGACUGUUGGUGGGUCUGCGCUGGAGAUGGGUCCUUCUGGCCUUCUGCUCCUCCUUCCUGGCCCAUUGGCUGCUGUUUGCCUGUAUGUGGUACUUGCUGGCCCACCUAAAUGGAGACCUGGCUGUGCAGGACCAUGAUGCCCCCCCACAGGGGCAUGUGGUUUGUGUGAAGCACAUAACAAGUUUUACUGCUGCUUUUUCCUUUUCCCUGGAAACACAGCUGACCAUUGGCUAUGGCACAAUGUUCCCAAGUGGUGACUGUCCCAGUGCCAUAGCACUGCUGGCUGUGCAAAUGCUGCUGGGUCUCAUGCUGGAAGCAUUCAUCACAGGUGCAUUCGUUGCCAAGAUUGCACGUCCCCAGAAGAGAGCAGGAGCUAUCCAGUUCAGCCCUCAGGCAGUGGUGGGGCAAUACCAGGGGCAGAUGUGCCUCAUGCUGCGAGCCACCAACAUGCUGCAGCGACCUCUGGUGGAUGUAAAAGUGAGUGCUGUGCUCUAUAAGGAACAUGAAGGUCAGGCUCUGCACCAGACCUCUCUGGACUUCCACUUGGAUCAACUAGGACAGCAGCCCUGUCCUUUCUUCAUUUUCCCACUCACCUUUUACCACCCCCUGGACCGCCAAAGUCCCCUAUAUCCCACUCUGUGUGAGGGCACAUCCAACCACUUUGAGUUGGUGGUCUUUCUGUCAGCCUUGCAGGAGGGAACUGGUGACUCCUGCCAGAAGAGGACCUCUUACCUGCGCCAAGAAAUCCAGUUCGACCGCCGCUUUGUCCCUGCCUUAGGGAUGGAUGCUCGGGGAAGAUACAUGGUGAGCACCCAGCACUUUGACACAACCCACUCAAAGGAGUCUUUGAACAAGGAUUGUGUGGUGCAGAUAAAUGGUGAUGGCAGCGACAGAAUGGAGUAGGAAUGCUAGUUCGGAGUUUUGGGGAUAAUAAAAAUGGGGUAGAUAUUUUUGUCAGGACGUACUUGAUUUAGUUUGAUGAAUCUAAAUAUGUUUCUUAAGAUUUGAAAUUAAAAUGUCUAUCAGAUAUAGGUGCUGCUUCAGACUGCUUCAGUUUCUUCCUCCAAUCAAUCAGAAUUAAAUAUUUAUAAGAUAAUUGGA